AUGGAGCUCCUGGCCCUGUGGCUGGCGGCGGCCGCGCUGGCCGACGUGCGCGCCGCGGCGGGGGCCCAGGCUGGUCCUGGAGAAAUCCUGCCGAUAGAUUUGCCAAUAAAAGGACAUAAAGAAUACGAGCUGGUAACUCCAUUCAGCACAAAUGUAGAAGGACGUUACGUUUCCCAUAUUCUUUCUGCAAAUCACAAAAAGAGGUCAACGAGGGAUGUGUCUUCCAACUCGGAGCAAUUGUUCUUUAACAUCUCAGCAUUUGGAAAAGAUUUCCAUCUGCGGCUAAAGCCCAACACUCGAUUAAUUGCUCCUGGGGCUGUGGUGGAAUGGCACGAGACUUCUCCAGUGCCUGGGAAUAUAACCGGCCGCUUACAUGAGGACCAACCUGGAAACGCUGCAGAAACCAGCUGGAGGGCAGAGCCCUUGCAGACCAACUGUGCUUAUGUUGGUGACCUUGGGGGCCUUCCGGGAACUUCUGUUGCCAUUAGCAACUGUGAUGGUCUGGCUGGAAUGAUAAAAAGUGGAAAUGAAGAAUAUUUCAUUGAGCCCUUGGAAAGAGGCAAGCAGAUGGAGGAGGAAAAAGGAAGGAUUCAUGUUGUUUACAAGAGAUCAGCAGCCCAGCAGACUCCUGUGGACUUGUCUGGAGAUUUCUACCCUAGAGAGUCUGCUCUGGAAGGCCUCGAGGAUCUAGGUCGAGCGUCCAGCCACCUGGGCCAGCAGCUGAAUGAGACCCUGCGGCACCGCAGGCACUCGGGAGAAAACAAGUACAACAUCGAGGUGCUUCUGGGAGUGGAUGACUCGGUGGUCCGUUUCCACGGCAAAGAGCACGUGCAGAACUACCUCCUCACCCUGAUGAACAUUGUGAAUGAAAUUUACCACGACGAGUCGCUUGGAGUGCAUAUCAAUGUGGCCCUGGUACGGAUGAUAAUGCUGGGCUAUGCAAAGUCCAUCAACCUCAUAGAAAGGGGAAACCCAUCCAGAAGUUUGGAAAACGUGUGUCGCUGGGCUUACCAGCAACAAAAACCAGAUCCCAAUGACCCUGAACACCACGAUCAUGCCAUUUUCUUAACCAGGCAAGACUUUGGACCUGCUGGAAUGCAAGGAUACGCUCCAGUCACGGGCAUGUGCCAUCCGAUGAGAAGCUGUACCCUGAAUCACGAGGAUGGAUUUUCAUCCGCUUUUGUAGUAGCCCAUGAAACUGGCCAUGUGCUGGGGAUGGAGCAUGACGGCCAGGGGAACCGGUGCGGCGACGACACCGCCAUGGGCAGCGUCAUGGCCCCCCUGGUGCAGGCGGCCUUCCAUCGCUACCACUGGUCUUGGUGCAGCGGCCAGGAGCUGAAGAGAUACAUCCAUUCCUAUGAUUGCCUCCUUGAUGAUCCUUUCGAACACGACUGGCCCAAACUCCCAGAACUGCCUGGAAUAAAUUACUCUAUGGACGACCAGUGCCGUUUUGAUUUCGGUGUUGGUUACAAAAUGUGCACCGCGUUCCGAACCUUUGACCCAUGUAAACAACUCUGGUGCAGCCAUCCUGACAACCCGUACUUUUGUAAGACUAAAAAGGGCCCCCCACUUGAUGGGACCGAAUGUGCUGCUGGAAAAUGGUGCUACAAAGGUCACUGCAUGUGGAAGAAUGCUAAUCAGCAAAAGCAAGAUGGGAAUUGGGGGUCAUGGACCAAAUUCGGCUCUUGUUCCCGGACGUGUGGAACUGGCGUUCGUUUCAGAACGCGCCAGUGCGAUAAUCCCGCGCCCAUCAACGGUGGCCAGGACUGCCCCGGCGUGAACUUCGAGUACCAGCUCUGCAACACCGAAGAAUGCCAGAAGCACUUCGAGGACUUCAGGGCCCAGCAGUGCCAGCAGCGCAACUCCCGCUUUGAACACCAGAGCGGCAAGCACCGCUGGCUGCCCUACGAGCACCCCGACGCCAAGAAAAGAUGCCACCUGUAUUGUCAAUCCAGAGAGACUGGCGACGUGGCGUACAUGAAGCAGCUGGUGCACGACGGGACCCGCUGCUCCUAUAAGGACCCAUACAGCAUCUGCGUGCGCGGAGAGUGCGUCAAAGUGGGCUGUGAUAGGGAAAUCGGCUCAAACAAGAUUGAGGACAAAUGUGGAGUCUGCGGCGGAGAUAAUUCCCACUGCCGAACCGUGAAGGGGACGUUUACCAGGAUACCCAGGAAGAUCGGGAAGACAAGAGGCGCGUUCACUUUACCCAAAGGAGCUCGUAAUAUUUCUCUUGCUGAAACAAGAGAAGCUAAGAAUGUACUGGCUAUUAAGAACCAGGCUACAGGUCACUACAUUUUAAACGGCAAAGGGGAGGAGGCCAAGUCGCGGACGUUCAUAGACCUUGGUGUGGAGUGGGAGUACAGCAUCGAGGACGACAUUGAGACUCUGCACACCGACGGGCCCUUACACGACCCUGUCAUGGUUCUGAUUAUACCUCGGGAGAAUGAUACCCGUUCCCGGCUGACGUAUAAGUACAUCAUCCACGAAGACUCUGUGCCUACAAUCAACAGCAACAAUGUCAUCCAGGAAGAGCCGGAUACUUUCGAGUGGGCUUUGAAGAGUUGGUCUCAGUGUUAACCCUGCGGUGGAGGUUCUCAGUACACUAAAUAUGGAUGCCGGAGGAAAAGUGAUAAUAAAAUGGUUCACCGUAGCUUUUGUGAUGCCAGCAAAAAGCCGAAACCCAUUAGACGAAUGUGCAAUGUUCAGGAAUGCACACAACCACUCUGGGUGGCCGAGCCCUGGGAGCACUGCACCCGCACCUGCGGCAACGCGGGCUACCAGAUCCGCACGGUGCGCUGCCUGCAGCCGCUGCCCGACGGCACCAACCGCUCGGUGAGCGGCAAGGACUGCGCGGGCAGCGGCCCCGAGAGCCGCCGGCCCUGCCACCGCGGGCCCUGCCCGGCCGCCUGGAAGACCGGGCCCUGGAGCGAGUGCUCCGCGACGUGCGGCGAGGGGACGGAGGCCCGGCAGGUGCUGUGCCGGGCCGGGGAGCGCUGCGCCGGGGACCCGCCCGAGGCCGUCCGCGCCUGCCGGCUGCCGCCCUGUCACGGUAGCCGUGGUGUGGGAGACAAGUCCAUCUUCUGCCAGAUGGAGGUGCUGGCCCGCUACUGCUCCAUCCCCGGUUAUCACAAGCUGUGCUGCGAGUCCUGCAGCAAACGCGGCCCCCCCGAGCCACCGACGCCACCGCUGCCCGCCGCCGGAUGA